UCCUCUCACAGUCCACCUGAAUCCUCUUCCCUUGACAACAUGUGUUGUAACUACUAUGGCAACUCCUGUGGCUAUGGCUGUGGAAACAGCUAUAGCUGUGGACUCAGCCCCUACUAUGGCUGUGGAUAUGGAGCUAGAUAUGGCUGUGGAUAUGGAGCUAGAUAUGGCUGUGGAUACGGCUCAGGAUAUGGCUGUGGCUAUGGAACAGGAUAUGGCUGUGGAUUUAGCCCCUAUUAUGGCUGUGGUUAUGGAACCGGAUAUGGCUGUGGAUAUGGCUCUGGCUCUAGCAGCUACUGGCCAGUUUGCUACAGGAGAUAUUAUUCUUCUUGCUGCUAGAACAUCACCAUCUUAGCCUAAUUUGCUUCUGAAAUGAGGAAUCUAAAGAUAAUACUGCUUCGAGGAUCUGUACCCAUGAUUUGCACUUGCAAGAAAUUGCAUUUCUGACAGAGGCUUUGACCUCCGACUAUCCAUUUUUCGAUUGACGUCCUUGAGGUCUGAAGUUCAGUGGUGAUAUCAUCUGACUCUUCCAAAUGUUAGCCUCUACUACCUUAAUCUCUGAGUCUCUGUUAUGACUAUGUUAAUGACCCUAAUAUUCUAUAGCAUGGAUAACCCCUCAUUCUCAAUAAAAAUGGCUCAUUGCUUCU